AUGGACGCGGACACGUUCAACCAAAACUUUAUUUAAAAAUAGUUCGCACAAGUGAGGGGGGGGGGCAGCAGUUCGGUAAAUCCGAAGUCUGAGUUACGGAAGUUGUAGUUUGUAAUUUAAAACCGGUCGGAGGGAACACGUCGGCUCCUGGAAAGCGGGGAGCUGGAGAAGCGCCGGAGGAGGGAGCGCAGAGGGGGGAGACGAGACGGCAGGAGACCCCGCGCUCCGGAGUGCUGACGCGUCCAGCUGCUCGUCCAGCUGCCCGCCCGGGAAGGACACUGUUCGGCAGGCGAGCCGACCGAGUCGUGCGGAUUUCGCUCAGGGGAACCACGAUGCUGCUGUGGCUCCUCGUUUUCGCGGCCCACGCGGCGAGGGUCGACUCCUAUUUUUCGGAAGAGAAACAGCCCGAGGAGUCGAAGAUGCAGGCGCCCACGGUCGUGGUGGCCAUUAUCGCCCGGAACGCGGCGCACUCGCUGCCCUACUACUUGGGAGCGCUGGAGAGGCUCGACUAUCCGAAAGAGCGCAUCUCCAUAUGGGCGGCGACGGAUCACAACUCGGACAACACCACGGCCAUCCUGCGGGAGUGGUUGACCGUCAUGCAGAAGUUCUAUCACUAUGUGGAGUGGAGGCCUAUGGACAAGCCCGUCUCAUACCCGGGGGAGAUGGGGCCCAAGCACUGGACCAAUGGUAGGUAUGAAUACAUCAUGAAGCUCAAACAGGCUGCGCUCAACUUUGCCAGGAAACGUUGGGCGGACUACAUCCUGUACGCUGACACAGACAACAUUCUGACCAACCCGGAUACACUCAAGCUCAUGGUGGCAGAGAACAAGUCUGUCAUUGCACCCAUGCUGGACUCCCAGACUGCUUACUCAAACUACUGGUGUGGAAUUACUCCCCAGGGCUACUACCGGCGUACUGCUGAGUACUUUCCCACCAAGCGCAGGCACCGAAAGGGCUGUUUCCCCGUCCCCAUGGUGCACUCGACCAUGCUGCUUGAUCUGCGGAAGGAGGGCAUGAAGAAACUGGCUUUUCACCCCCCUCACCGGGACUAUUCAUGGCCCUUUGAUGACAUCAUUGUUUUUGCUUUCUCCUGUCGUGCAGCCGAGGUUCAGAUGUAUUUGUGCAACAAGGAGCGUUAUGGGUACAUCAACGUCCCGGUGAAGCCGCACCAGACCAUCGAAGAUGACCGCAUCAACUUUGUCCAUCUCCUACUUGAGUCGAUAAUUGAUGGGCCGCCAAUGUACUCCUCUCAGUAUAUACAAGUGCCCCCGAAACAGGCAGAUCUCAUGGGCUUUGAUGAGGUGUAUCUCAUAAACCUACACCGCCGCCCCGACCGGCGGGAAAGGAUGCUAUGGUCACUGUAUGAACUAGAAAUUGACGUGAAGGUGGUGGAUGCUGUUGAUGGAGGGGCUCUCAACAGCAGCGAUAUCAAACUCCUGGGUGUUGACCUGCUUCCAGGCUACUAUGACCCGUUCUCUGGACGCACUCUGACCAAGGGGGAGGUGGGAUGCUUCCUCAGCCACUACUACAUCUGGAAAGAGAUUGUGGACAUGCAGCUGGACAAGGCGCUGAUCUUUGAGGAUGACGUUCGUUUCCAGGGCAACUUUAAGCGGCGGCUGCUCCGCCUAAUGGAGGAGGUACAGCAGGUGGAGCUGGAUUGGGACAUCAUAUAUCUGGGCCGGAAGCAGGUGAAGCCAGGCGACGAGCAUCCCGUGGAGAACGUGAGGAACCUGGUGGCGGCAGACUACUCCUACUGGACGCUGUCCUAUGCCAUCUCCCAGCAGGGGGCCCAGAAGCUCAUUAACGCGGAGCCGCUCUCCAAGAUGCUGCCCGUGGAUGAGUUCCUGCCCAUCAUGUAUGACAAGCACCCAAAUGAGAAGUACAAGGUUCACUUUCCGAAUCGAAAUCUACAGGCAUACUCCACACACCCCUUGCUGGUGGAGCCCUGCCACUAUGCAGGGGACCCCGAGUGGGUGAGCGACACGGAGACUUCGACUCUGUGGGACAACGAUUCCGUGCGGACGGAUUGGAGCGGCUCCUACAAGACCCUGAAGGGUUCACCUCCCCCUACUGGGCUUCAGAGUGCCUACCGGGAUGAGCUAUAGCGUGAUCAUUGACCGGGGGGCCCUUAGAUAUCAGGCCUCCUUGGCAACAACCUGGCAGUAUGCCAGCAGACAGGAGCAUUCAGGUCCCCUGUCUUGGUUAACAUGGAAGCUGGCAAACCUUGAUAAUGAAGAGACUCCAUGUUUUCUGGACCGUUUACAGGUGCCAACAGUCAGGCAAAACACUAGUCUGGAACCAAGCAUGUGUGUGCGUGUUUCACCAUGUCUUGGAAUAUUAUAAAUAGUGCAGUCAUGUAUUCAUUUCCUUAGCUUAUGUGAUUACUAUUUCGAGGCAAUGUAUCAUUGCCCAUGAUGCCCCCUGUGCUCAUCUCACUGUUACCUGUAUUUGUGUUGCUCUCCGUUUCUGUUCACUGAUUUCUGAGAUUGGAGGCACUUGACCGAGGGACAAUGUUAACAAGAAUUCACCAGCUAAAGAUGUUGCUGUGCUUGGUGACAUACUCCAUGGACAUUUGACUAAGUGAGUAUCCUCUCACUGUAAUGAAAAUCUAGUAACUUGGUGAUCAGGUGGAACCGAAUUGUCGGUUUCCUGUCAGGAAUGCUUUCAGUACUGCCUCCAGUCUGUGCAGGGGAGUUUUUGUUAUUGCUGUUUUUUGCCUAUUAUUGCUGUGGCUGGCAUUAUUAUUUUUAUCAUUUUUUCUUUUGAUGCAUUGUGAAAUCAUGUAAUCAAAUUUUGUGAAGCAUUAUUUUGUAUCUCUAAAGGUCAUUUUUGAUGGUAUAAUUAAAAAUUAAUAUAUUUACAAUAUACAGUAGGAUUAUUGUUGAUUUACUGCCAUUACUUGAACAAUGUUAAUUUAAAGCAUGUUUUCAGCAAAUUGCCUUUUUUUAAGAAGAUGGAGA